ACAAAACAAGCACAUCGAAUAUACAAUCAGAUUAAUUGGAUAGGGAACGUCCCAGCUAAACCUCAGAAGCUAGUUGAUCCCUGUCAUCCAGAAUACAAUGGCCGGGGUUUUAGGAAUGAACGCCAUCACAACCAAGCCAACUUUAGCAGAUGUUUUUGUGGAGGACUCUGAAAAUGAGGGAUCAUUUUAUGGCUUUUCUGACAGUGAGAUCAACGACCACUGCCUUAAGGUGAGCAAUUUGGAAGAUGAAGAUGAGGCCCAGCCUGACCUUUCUCCCAAGGAGCAGAAAGCAACAUCUAAGCCAUCUUUUAGUGCCAAAACAUUCAGGCUGAGGGUGGCUCUCCGCUCUACUCUCUCGACCCAGCAGUCCACUGAUGAUGAAGAUGAUGAGGAGGAGGAGGAGAAGGAAGAAAAGAGGAUAAAUAAGAGAGUGGUGAAGUGGGCAGGAAAGACCAGUCAGGCAAAGAAGAAGAGGCGUGUUAAAUUUGAAGAUGAAGAGACAGCGGUGGCUCGGCCAUCUCCUUCCAAAGAGUGUGGAUCCGAUUCAGCAGAAGAUGUACCUGCUUCUUUCCUGACCAAGAGAGAACAGAACAUCAAGGCCAACAAAGCAAUGUUGGCUCAGCUAAUGGCAGACCUGCAGAAAAUGCCAGGAGGGGCAGGGAUUCUGAAAAAACAGGCAGGCAAACAGAAGACAAAAGACAGAAAUUCUCGUCCACCUCGCUCUGGUGCAGCCGGAGGAGAGACCAGGAAGAACCCAGAACGGGCUUCUCGCAGACAAACGCGCUCAAUGGGGGGAAGUGACGAUCCCUCAGCCCCUAAGGAGGAAGACCUGGAGCUCAGCCUGGAGGAACUGCUGGAGGUACGCAGAUCCCCACAGCGCCGGGGCGCCCCACGGCCCAAGCAGUGCAAACCGCAUUGUAUCCGUCCUGUGGAGGACAUCACAGAGGACGAGAUUCAGCUGGUCGCAGACAACAUGACGGAAAAGGUCUAUAACAGAGUCACGGGCUCCACUUGUCAUCAGUGCCGUCAGAAAACGGUCGACACUAAGACGUGCUGCCGCAGUGAGGACUGUCGCGGGAUCCAGGGCCAGUUCUGUGGACCGUGUUUGAGGAACAGAUAUGGAGAGGAGGUCAAGAAGGCGCUACUUGAUCCGGAGUGGAAGUGUCCUCCCUGUCGUGGUAUUUGCAACUGCAGCUUCUGCCGCCAGCGUGAUGGCCGCUGCCCGACUGGCAUCCUGUUCCCUCUGGCUCAGUACCACGGCUUCUCUGACGUCCACUCCUACCUCAGCAGCCUCCGUAAAAAACUGAAGAGUGAGGACAACGACGUAGAGAUGUGAUAUUAACAUAUGGUGGUGCAAUUGUUCAAGUUGGUUUUAUUUCCCCCUAUAAGUUUUGAGUUGUUUUAAAACCUCGUAAAACAUCCACAACCUGUGGUUUUAAAUGAAUAAAGUUUAUUUUUUUUAAUCAUCUGAUUGUUUGAGACACAAGUUUGCAAAGAAGCGACCAGUAUAUUCAGAAUUUUAAUCCAGCUGUUGGCAUUUGCAGUAGUUGUAUACACACACAAUAUAAAAUCCCUUAUUUAAAACGGGGCAAAAAAAAUAAGAGCACUUGUUGUCUGAUGAACUUAGUCUAUAGAGUUUCAAAGGAGAGCUUUUAAACAUACAUUUCUGUCAUACAAGUUACAAAUAUCUUUCAAAUAAAGCAGAAUUCUGGAGCCAUGAAACAAUGUCAACAGUGGUGAGAAGCAUCUUUCAGAAAGAAAAAAACAAAAACCAUUGACGAUACAUUUAGCAACUUAUUUAUUUGGACAACAAAGGGAUGUGUGUCCGGUGCCUGCCUCGAGCUGGAUCGUUUCCAGUUAGAACUUUAACAUAUGCAUUACACAAGUAAAAAUUAAUAGAAAGUUUAUGGACCAAAGAAAGACUUCCUAGUUUUGCUUAUAAAAUGAGUAUGAACCUUUGGUUUUGAGCUUGCAUAUUUAUGCUUUCAUAACAUUAUUACAAAAUACUUCUCUGACCCGAUUUAACUGAAAGGAAAAAAAAAAAAAAAAAAAAAAGAUUUCCACCAAAAGAAAACGGAAACUGACAUAACUGCAAGGCAAAGAUGAUAAGUAUACCACAGGAAAGAAAGUACUGGGAAGAUCUGGACUGUAUAGAACACAUUAUUCUAUGACAGAAAGGCUCUUAAAUUUAAACAUUUAAAUCUACAUAUAUAUAUAGAUAUAUAUAUAUAUAUAAAAGUAAUAACAUAAGAUUAAGAUUGAUUGUGCAUGAGAGGUUCAUACAACUUAAAGGCGAUCUCUUGCAAUCAUGUAAGAUGAUCCUGCCUAAGCUAAGAAUUUCUGUAGCC